AGACACGUAUCAAGAGCUUCUCUGAAAGACUGGCAGUAUCAUAGUAGUCAGUGAUAAUAUUGAGCCUUAAUAUGUUCCAGACACUGUCCUAAGUGAUUUACCUUACAUUAUUCCCUUGAAUGUUUAUAAUUCCCAAGUGAAAGAAGGAAAUGAUAUAUUGGAUAGCUAUGAGUGGGGAGGUUUGUACUGGCUGCUUUCCCAUAAAGAAAUUAAGCUCGUUCACGAAGAGCACGUAGUUUGUUAGUGUUUGGAACCCAGUUUUCGUGCCUGAAGUUCAAAUGUUCUUGCUACACCACCGUAGAAACUAAUGUCACUCAUGAACCAUUUGUCAGGGCAAAGGGUGCCACCAUUUUGUAUUUCCUCCUGCCUUAGGACUAUCCUAAAUCACUCGCACGAAGUGUUUUGGAAGAACUCUGAAGAGUUUCGUUUGCCUAGAGUCAGAUUCCUAACCGUGAGUCCUGGUUCUGCCACAAACCCAAGCCGUUUGAUCUUGGGCAACUCCCCAAGAAAGCUGGGUUCAACUUCCUCACUGUCAAAUUGGUUAUAGGUCUAGAUGAGUUUCAAGGACUCUUUUUAUGGCUACAGUCUCUGACAUAGGAAGACUACAUACUGGGCCAGUAACAGGAAGGCACAAAGCUGACUGACGGUUUAAAAAUUACUUGGUCAAUUUGAUUAAUGAGGAGAAUGAAUCAGCAAAUUUCAAGUUCUCCCAUGGCUAACUGUCGAGUAUCUACUUCAAGAUCAUUUCAUUGGAAAGAGGUCGAAAAUGUACAGUAGGCAUGCACAAAGGAUAACGCCUGGAAAUAAGAUGGCGUCCCGCAAGGAAGGCACCGGCUCUACUGCCACCUCUUCCAGUUCCACCACCGGCGCAGCAGGGAAAGGCAAAGGCAAAGGCGGCUCCGGAGAUUCAGCCGUGAAGCAAGUGCAGAUAGAUGGCCUCGUGGUAUUAAAGAUAAUCAAACAUUAUCAAGAAGAAGGACAAGGAACUGAAGUUGUUCAAGGAGUGCUUUUGGGCCUGGUUGUAGAAGAUCGGCUUGAAAUUACCAACUGCUUUCCUUUCCCUCAGCACACAGAGGAUGAUGCUGACUUUGAUGAAGUCCAAUAUCAGAUGGAAAUGAUGCGGAGCCUUCGCCAUGUAAACAUUGAUCAUCUUCAUGUGGGCUGGUACCAGUCCACAUACUAUGGCUCAUUCGUUACCCGGGCGCUUCUGGACUCUCAGUUCAGUUACCAGCAUGCCAUUGAAGAAUCUGUUGUUCUCAUUUAUGAUCCCAUAAAAACUGCCCAAGGGUCUCUCUCACUAAAGGCUUACAGACUGACUCCUAAACUGAUGGAAGUUUGUAAAGAAAAGGAUUUCUCCCCUGAAGCUUUGAAAAAAGCAAAUAUCACCUUUGAGUACAUGUUUGAAGAAGUGCCGAUUGUAAUUAAAAAUUCACAUCUGAUCAAUGUCCUAAUGUGGGAACUUGAAAAGAAGUCAGCUGUUGCAGAUAAACAUGAGUUGCUCAGCCUUGCCAGCAGCAAUCAUUUGGGGAAAAAUCUACAGUUGCUGAUGGACAGAGUGGAUGAAAUGAGCCAAGAUAUAGUUAAAUACAACACAUACAUGAGGAAUACUAGUAAACAACAGCAGCAGAAACAUCAGUAUCAGCAGCGUCGCCAGCAGGAGAAUAUGCAGCGCCAGAGCCGAGGAGAACCCCCGCUCCCUGAGGAGGACCUGUCCAAACUCUUCAAACCGCCACAGCCCCCUGCUAGGAUGGACUCGCUGCUCAUUGCAGGCCAGAUAAACACUUACUGCCAGAACAUCAAGGAGUUCACUGCCCAAAACUUAGGCAAGCUCUUCAUGGCCCAGGCUCUUCAAGAAUACAACAACUAAGAAAAGGAAAUUUCCAGAAAAGAAGUUGACAUGAACUCUUGAAAUCACACCAGGGCAACUCUUGGAAGAAAUAUAUUUGCAUAUUGAAAAGCACAGAGGAUUUCUUUAGUGUCAAUGCCGAUUUUGGCUCUGACAGUGUCUUUCUAGCCAUAAUAAAAUAAAACAAAAUCUUGACUGCUUGCUC